AUGUUAAACAUAGAAAAACUGCUUUCAUGGGUUAUUAUUGUCGAAUCUUCACUCGUCUGCAUUGGAAAUGUCGUUACCGUGUUGGUGUUUUGGAAGCAGCGAGUUUUUCUAAAGCGGUCGUACUAUCUCUUACUCAAUCUCGCUUUUGCCGAUUCACUCGUGGGAGCAACAGAACUGAUACAUACAGCAAAAGCUGUUCACGAAAGAGCGUUUUCUGGGAGUCCUUUAGGGAUAUUGGGUGCGCUGUUUUGGAGUGUUUCGCUCCUGUCCCUGGUUGUGAUUGCUUUGGAGCGAGCUUACGCCGUUCUUUGGCCUCUUCGUCACAGAGUAGCUAGCGCUCGAAUCUACAUCGUCAGUAUAGUUCUGGUCUGGAUAGGGGCCGUGUGCUUGACAAUGACGCCUUUAACAUUACAUCUCACUGGCAAAGUCGGCAGAUUGCCUUCAUAUUUACUCACAAACACAGUGAUUCUCAUGUCCCUUUGCCUGAUAAUAGUGGCAUACCUGGCAAUAAGGAAACGGUUAAGAAGCACAAAUCAUACAUUCGAAGCCCAUAACCGAAAAAGUUUCAAACAGAACGUUAAUUUAUCUAGGACAUUAUUCCUUGCUGUCGGUUUGUCCAUUGGGCUGUUUUUUCCAGCAACAGCGAUUUACACAGUCAUCGCCUUUCACCAUAAAAAGCCGCUUACUGAUAACAACGUCCUAAUUUUUGUGGCUACAGCUCUAUACCUUGGCAACUCACUUGUUAAUCCUAUCGUUUACAGCUGUAGAAUGCCUAUGUUUAAGGCAGCAGUGAAAGGAUUUUUGAAACAUGAAGUCUGCCAUUCGAAUUCGAACUAGCUCACUUGUCUUUACUCAGCAAUUCAUGUGGUCUUAAAUUCCGGUUUAUUAGUGUGCAAAGACAUAUCCUAUCUAAUUUCGUGAAAAUUUGCCACUCUUGAAAAUUGGCGUCACCCUUCUGCUUUGGGGGCUCAAAAAAUUUCGGUCAUUAUACUGCUACACGAGAAAUUUCUGCAGUUUGAUUGGCUUAGAGCAAUGGUAUUUUAGCUUAAUUUGAAGUAACAACAUAUGAAAAUUACAAACCUUUUGUGGGUAGUUGUAUAAACAAAUAAUAGCCUGAUUUGUACGUGAUAUUGGCAUAAAUACCACUUGUGAUAUUUCAAAAUUGUCUCAAAUUUCACUCGUCUAAUGGCUCGUGAACUUACGUAUAACAAUUUUGAAUUAUCACUCGUGGUAUGUAUGCCAAAUAUCAUUACAAAUCAUGCUAUUACCUAUACAAAUACAAAGAAAAAAUCAAACAAUUUCGAACGAAACUGGGCCAGGCUUUUGGAGCUUUUUUUGUGUUGGUGUUUUGUAUAUCUCAGUUCCUGUUAAUUUCGACGCUUCUUUGUUGAUGAAAGACUACAAAAGAAUGGAAGAAAAACUCCCAGAGAUAUUUGACCGCGCUGCCAGUGUCAGAAAGUGAGCUCAGCGGGUUUCCGGCGAGGGAAAUUUUCUUCAGUUAAUCCGUUAAGCAUUGCCUGGAUCUGGUUAGUGACGCGUCAUCAUUAUGAAAUUUCUGCGCUCGGUCGUCAGCGGAAGUCAUUUCGCAAGGAAACUAGUGAUGGGAUCACGAAAGGUCGGCUGUUUUCUCAGGCUGACGUUCACCAUUUCCAGGGUAUUCACGGUGUUUAUUCUUUGUCGCCACCUUGAAUUUUUGCGAGCGAGAAGAAGGAAUGGAACUUGGGUCAAAUAGAACGCGUUCUUCACAAAAUAAACCUUUCAGUCGACGCUUCCGAAAUUUUUUGGUUAUUGGAAAAAGCCCUUAGAGAAAUCUUCAUUUUAAGCUAACUAUUCCGACACAAGCCAAGGUAAACACAUUAAAAACUGUAAAAAGUUGAUUGUACUACUUCGCAAGACAUAAAUUAAACUAGCCUGCGUCGCAGACAGAAUCUAAGCUCGGGAAGUAACGUCUGCGAAGCAGUAAUAGAUUCUCACUGGGAGCCCCCACUCGCAAACGCCCCAAGGUAGAAAUGAGUUUUGGGAAGAGGCGAGCCCGGAGACGGGAAGGAGCGGGAGCUAAGGCGCCAGAGUGUGCCAUCGCUGCGGGGAGGUGGGUGGGGGGACAAACUAGGUGUCUAGUGUCCGUUUUAACGAAGAGAGCAAUAAACAGCAUCAAUUUAUACUAAACUCACAAAUAUAUGCACAACGAGUUCUCCGCGGAUCCACAGAUGCGCCGGAAUUUAAAUGCACGGGUCCCAAGGGCACAGGGAGCGCUUGCUCAACGGACUCAAAGAAUUACCGGAAGUGCGUUUCGAAUUUCCUUUAAUCUUGAUUGGCUAAUGGACAAUAACAUUUUUAAUAGGCCAAUCAUGGCGCGUACUCAAACCCCUGGUACACAGGUGGUGAUCCAGAACAAGGAUUUCGGCGCUGUUUCGCUGACGGGCUUAACCAGAGUGAGGUUUCGGGUUGUAGCCGUUAACAGCUGUUUUGCCAUUAUUGUGACAUAGCUAAGUUCAAUUGCCCGGCGUAUCACAUCGAAGGAUCGAUCGGUUUUUGAACUUUUAAAAUAGAACGAAAGGGUUCGGUUAGUUUGAUUGAGUUCGUUCAUCGAACGAAGUAUAACUCACAAAAGGAAAAGAGGAAUGGAAUCGCCAAACCCAGCUUUCCACUUCGAGACUAUAUUCAUUCAGUUUCUUAUCUCUUUCUAUACUUCACGAAGUAGACAAAAGACAUUGAGGAAUCACAGGAACUUUGCCUGCUUGUUUUCCUGUAACAAUAACGUUUCUCUUUAUUUUAUUAUUAUUGUUUUUUCACUCUAUUCCUUACCCCUGUCCCUUUUUUUCCUGUGACACCACAGGCAACCCAAGUGUAAUAUGAGAGUUUGCGGUAAAAAUAUUAACACUUAAAAUCCUGAAUAAAUAGAAUCAAACGGGUAAAAUUACUGAAUAAAGUGAAAAUGAUCUUACUUGGUGUUUUUUUUGUCUUGUUCACUGGUUGUUUAUUGGUCGGUAGGAUAAAGAAUCAUAAGAAUGCUUUUGGAUUUUGUGCACCGUCAAGUCCACAAAAACGUGACAAAGGAGGGGGACAGAUCAUAAACAUUCAACUCUAUCAACUAUAGAUAGGGUCAAAACUUUAUUGUUAUAUUGAUUUACUUUAGUCCUGGUUCGCAAUUUCAGAUUUUUAAUUAAAAUCGCUAUCGUCAUUAUAAAGGUAGUAACUUAUUAUUUCACAGAGAAUAGAGUUCACAAGAGACACUUGAACAUCUGCUUCGCAGGUCUUAAAAUAACAGUAAGCCCUCCCAGGUAUGCAAAGCUUUGGCGAUGUGUCGAUGUCAAGUAGUCAACUAAAACCUUUUUGUUUUUGACUUGCAAUAUUGUCAAUACUGGUAUCUCAUUAUAGCAGCGCUGUUUUUUGCCUCCGAGACAGAAAUGCAGUCCACAUUAG